AUGGAUAGAUUUGAAUACAUAGAAGCUCGCUUAUUCGAAGGAGAAAAUUAUAUUAAACGUGACAAAAAUGUUAAAAUCUAUGACGGAGACGAUAAGACACAAUUCGUUGACGGUGAAGUAGUACUAACGACACACAGAAUUCUGUGGGGCAAGCCGGGUGAUAUACCAAAGGGAUUUGUAUGUUUGUCUCUACAUUUAUUUUACAUAUUCUGUAUAGAAGAGGAAAGUGGUGGAAUGUUCGGACUUGGUGGCCCGAAACGAAUAAUAUUACAUCUAGGACCAACAAUUCCAGGUAAAAGGCCUGGCCCUGCCGUUGUAAGUCCGUACCAUUUUAUAAAAUUUUCAUUUAAAGAUGGUAUUGAUACUGCCUUUUAUAAAGCACUUAAUGACGCAGUAUCAGCUAAAGCGUGGGAAAGACCUCAACAAGCAGCUACUUCAGCCGAUCUGUCACCACCAAGUUUGACUCCAAAACCCUCGGCAGCACCAGUCAAUUCGAAAAUUCGUUUAGGUAUAGUUGGUAUUGAAAGAAGUAUAGAAGAACAACAUAGAGCUACAGACCAGAGUAUUAGUGUGGCUUUCCAAGAUUUGAAAAAAUUAAUGGAAAAAGCUAAAGAAAUGGUUACAAUAUCUAAGACAAUUUCAUCAAAAAUAAGGGAAAAACAAGGUGAUAUAUCAGAAGAUGAUACUGUUAGAUUCAAGGCUUAUUUAAUGAGCUUAGGUAUUGACGAUCCAGUCACAAGAGAUGCAUUUAGAUCAGACUCAGAUUAUUAUAUAGGUUUAGCUCAACAGAUAUCGGAUAUGAUGGUGGCAGUUUUGAUUGACUGUGGUGGAAUAAUGUCUCUAGCAGAUGUAUGGUGCAGAGUAAAUAGAGCUAGAGGCUUGGAACUUAUUUCACCUGAAGAUUUGCUUAAUGCUUGCAAGUUGCUUCAAACAAUCGAUGCACCUAUGUCUUUACGUAAAUUCCCAAGUGGAGCUUGUGUUCUUCAGCUAAAUAGUAACAGGGAUGAGGAAAUUGCAAAAUCAACUAGUCAAAUGCUUGAAGAAAAUGGAUUCCUAACUCCGGUGAAAUUGUCACAAAUUGCUAAUGUUUCCGUCCUACUCGCUCGCGAGCGCCUUUUUACGACAGAACGCCUAGGCUUGGCGUGUCGGGACGAAUCGAUUGAAGGUUUAGCUUUUUACCCCAAUUUGUUUCUUGAGAAAGUGUAAAUAAUAUACAUAAAUAAAUAUAUUACAAUAAAUAUUUUUAUAAAGUUA